CGAUCCCUGGGGCCAGCCGCCUCCGCCCGGGCUCCCUCCCUGCCCUCCCCGGGCGCAUAUAGCCGCGGGGGGCCGACGGGGGCAGGACCGCUUGCCCCGACGGCGCCGGGCGGCAGAGGGCAACGAGCGGCGGCUCUCGAGCUUCCAUCCUGCUCUGCAGCGGGACCCCGCGCCGGCGGCACCCAGGUGGCUGCCUCUUCACUUCCCGGCACCUCCUUCCCCUCCCGGCCCGGCAUGGCCCUGUCCCUGGCCAGCGAGUCGGUCCCCGGAGACGGCGGAGACGCGAUCGGGAUGAGCCCCGCCAGCCUCGCUGCCUACUACUCCCCUUUCCUCCCUCCCGCCCAGUACUUCGAGGCGGCUCCCGACUUCUUCCAGCCCCUGAAAUCCCUGGGCGGGCUGGUCCCCGCCUCCCCGUCUCUGCCCCCCUUCAGCUUCAGCAGGGUCCCCGCUUUCCUGAGCCAGCCGCCCCCCUUACCCGCCGACCCCUUCCCCGGUCUCCCCCUACCCCUGUAUGCCAAGCCGCCGGCCCCCUUCCCUCCCAAGGAGGUCUCACCCCUCGAGGCGGGGGCCCCGGGCUCGUCCCCGCCGCCCUACCCGAGCCCGCCGCGCAGGGCUGCCGGCAGCCCCGGGGCUGGCGGGCCGGCGGGGCAGAGCUACAGGUACCACUUCACCGAGGAGGAGCUCAACGCGGUGCUGUACGGGGCGCUCCGGAGCAGCCAGGUGGCCGGGACCCUGCACGCCAUCUCAGGGCUACGGGUGACCCCCGCCAGCCCGGGUGCUGCGGACUCUUCCUCUGCCCCGCUGCUCGACAGGGACUCGCUGCAGCUACCCGAAGGGCUCUCGGUGCUGCGGGUGGUGUACGGGGACGUGUCUCAGCUCGGAGUCUUCUGCACGGACCCCAUUCCCAAAGGAGUCCGCUUCGGCCCUUUCCAAGGCAAAGUGGUCAACACCAGCGAGAUCAAGACUUACGACGACAACUCGUUGAUGUGGGAGAUCUUUGAAUACGGGCGCUUGAGCCACUUCAUCGACGGCAAGGGCGCCGCUGGCAACUGGAUGUCCCUGGUGAACUGUGCCAGGUUCCCCGAGGAGCAGAAUCUGACGGCUAUCCAGUGUCAGGGGCAGAUCUUCUACGAGAGCUGCAAGGAAAUCUUGCCGAAGCAAGAGCUGCUGGUGUGGUAUGGCGACUGCUAUGUGCAGUUCCUGGGCAUCCCCAUCAGCCUGAAGGGCAUACCGGAGGGGAAGAGACCCCCGCAGCACCCCGAAGAAGCCGGGGAGAGCUUUAAGUGUGAGCGCUGCGGCAAGGUUUUUGCCUACAAGUACUACCGAGACAAGCACCUCAAGUACACUCGCUGCGUGGACCAGGGGGACCGCAAAUUUCCUUGUCACCUUUGUAGCCGAUCCUUUGAAAAAAGAGACAGGCUGAGGAUCCAUAUUCUCCACGUUCAUGAAAAGCACAGACCUCACAAGUGUUCGGUAUGUGGGAAGAGCUUUUCUCAGUCCUCCAGCCUGAACAAACACAUGAGGGUUCACUCUGGGGAGCGCCCCUACAAAUGUGUCUACUGCAACAAGGCAUUCACAGCAUCCAGCAUCCUGCGCACUCACAUCCGCCAGCACUCAGGGGAGAAGCCCUUCAAGUGCAAGCACUGUGGCAAAGCCUUCGCCUCUCACGCAGCCCACGACAGCCACGUGCGCCGCACGCACAGCAAGGAGAAGGGCUGCACCUGCUCGGUGUGUGGCCAGCACUUCCCCGAGCAGGAGGAUUACCAGUUCCACCUGAAGAUUCAUGCUGCUCAUUAGUCAAGAGCCCCACGGACGUGUCCUGGACUCACUCAUGUGUGUGUUGGUCUAUGUGCAUGUGUUUGUGCUUGGUUGUGUGUGCACCACAGGAGGUGAGAUUUACCCUUGCAACGACUCUGGGAACGGCCAGUCCCUGGACACUGGGCAUAUUUCUGACUGCAGGGGACAGGAGUUUCAUCUUGCCCAGGUACCCUGAUACCACACUGGGGUGAAGUCCAACAUGCGCUACCUCAUCUUUCCCUUCCUCUCCUCCCAUACCCUAAUUUCUAGAAAAGGAAAAUACAGGCAGGAGGGAAUUUCACCUCCCAUGAACCUGUUGUGCAUGAAAAUCACUGUGAGGAGUGUUUAUGUGCCUCUAAUGCACCACAUCUAUGGACUGCCUGGUACAGUUCAUACCAAAGCUUGUGUGAAGGACAUUUUUGUCAAGCGCAUUUCCAAAAGCCAUUUAACCUGUUGUGUUUUGUUUGGGUGCAUGACCAGGUAUGGGCUCUACUUCCCUUUAAUGUGUAAGCCUUUUAAUGAUGCACUGUUUAAAUGCAAACUGCCUCAGAGAUACUGACUACUGGACCAGUACAGGGGCAUUUAAGUAAUUCAGCUGCUGGGACAUGACGAGCUUCAGGACAGUGAGACCAACUCUUCCAGAGGAUGCUGGAGCCCAGGUAGCCCAGGGGGAGUGGGGUAGGGUGAAGACAAGAUGUCAGUGGAGCUUAGCCCUGCCUUCUCACAGUUUAGAGAAACAAAUGUGAAGAUAUUCCAAAGCACCAGUGAGCUCUUAAGGGGUUGCUAGCAGUCAAGUGGCCUCAUAGAGAUGUUGCACUGUGGUCCUGGCACAGGUCAGGAGCAGGCCUGAUGCCACCACUGGGCUCUUGUCUCCUGUAACUGUCACUUGUCUAGAAACUUGCCACUACUGGGACUUCUGUCCAGGUGGGCAUCUGCAGUGAGUCCUGACAUGAAAGCUGAGGCUCCCUCGCUUCCUCCUGCUGGCUCUAUGCAGGAUGGCUGCUGUAGUGUCGCUCCUGAAUACUUUUAGUAUUCUACCAUAUAUCAAGGCACAAAGGUUUUAAAAUGAGCUCUGUGAUACUUCUGUUUAGGAAGUGGGGGAACCUUCUCUUACCCUAAAUUUAAGAUUUGGUGUGUAUGAGAAACAAUGCCAGGAUUUUUCAGUCCCUAAAGCUAUGCCUGUGAAAUUCCCUCUGCAGCCUAUGGGAAUGCCUAAGCCUCCAUGGGAGGACUGAAAGGUUUCACCCUCCAUUUUUCCCUGACCCUGCAAGCAAGUCAGGAACGAUUUGUGUAGGUGUUCUGUUUAUUUCUUCUUAGCAAAAGGGAAGUAUUUUCUCAAAAUGCUUGGGAUUCUUUUCUAUAGAAAGAGCUACUACUUCAGCUAUGAGUGAAAAGAUGUACUCUAGGAUCCUUUUAACUUGAAAUCUCUGGUUUUGUUUCUUUUGCACUCCAACUUUGAGAAGGACUCAGAAUAACAUCUUAGACAGCCUGUCUAGGCCCAGAUCAAAACGGUUUCAACUGCAUAUUAUAAUGGAUAAAGUAAUUUCAGGGUAAAAUCCUAGGUGAUUUAGACCUUCAUUUUUGCAAACUGUUUUCAAAGUCAUAAAAGCCCUAGUGAACAGCAUUCUCUGGCAAUGUAAAAUCUCAGCUCAGUGGAGACUUAGCAAAAAGUCCUUCAUGAAGGACCACUGAGCAUAAGGAGUGCUGUAACUGGUGCAGAAGCCUCUUGUCAGGGAGUGGCCAGUGCCAUGGGCAGGUGGACUGUGCAACUAAGCAGGGACUCCCUGUGUCAGUGGGACUGUGGGUCACAUCCAGGAGCCCUUGCUGGAGCUGGUUGAUUAACACAGUUCGAUGUUCCUGGGAUGUGAUGAGGUUCUCUUAAAAUCCUAGAUCAGCUGGGAUUAACAAGGACUUUGCACAGAAGUAUUGAGAAUAGAAGUUUUUAUUUUGUGCUAACCUUAACAAUAUUCAAACACAGAGUAAAACCAGAAAAAGUGCUACCUGCAUGUUUAAUUAUAACAUGAUGAUACUGUAUCUGCAAAUAUCUAUAUUGAUUUGCACUAAUUUUAUGUGUUUUAUUGUACCUUAAGUUGCUCUGUCCUCAUCAUUUUCAUAGUAAAAAUAUUUUAAAAUAUUUAUAAAACCACUUACUUGUAAGUAAAAUAUUGAGGCCCAGCACUAAGCAGUAUCUGAAAUAAGCAAGCCAUUAGUAUUAUACAUAAUAUACAUAGGGUUUACGCUAGAAUGAAGAUCACAUUUUGUUCUGAUUUUUUUUUCUUAUUUUAAUAUGAAGGAUUCCUAUGAUACAACAGGCUGAAUUUUGUACAUAUUGAAGGCUGAACUGGUGAGCUCUAAACAGGUAAAAUUCACUCCUGAGCAGAAAAUUAUCACAGUAUCCAAACACAGUGUCCAAACUGCUGAAGUACAGGUUAGGGAAUGGAAUGGUAUGUAAGUGGUGCAUCUUCUGUAGUAUUUUUAGCUGUGUGCGUUUUCUUUUGCUUGAGAAGCCCCCAAAUAUGUUGCACUAAGAUAUUAGCACUCUUCCACAGUAUUAUGACGAGUUGUCUGUAAAAGAGUAUGUGAAGGGUUUUGCUUGAACUUGUGACUGAAGUUAUUGGUUGUCUUGCACAUUAAACCUGUAUAUGUAAAUUUGGAUGUUAAUUAUUAAGAUUAUUACA